AUGAGGGAUCAAAGCGAGCUCUUAUAUAUGAGUACAUGCCCAACAGUUUCGUUGGAUAAGUACAUUUAUUCAGAGCACCCCAAAGAAAUUUUAGGGUGGGAGAGGCUUUAUGCGAUAGCAAUUGGGAUUGCUCGUGGCCUCGAAUACUUGCACCAUAGUUGUAAUACACGCAUCGUCCAUUUCGAUAUCAAGCCCCAAAAUAUCCUUCUAGACAAAGAUUUUAACCCAAAGAUUGCUGAUUUUGGUCUAGCUAAAUUGUGUCAUACAAAGAAGAGCAAGCUUUCAAUGAUUGGAGCUAGAGGAACAAUUGGAUUUAUCGCCCGAGAAGUUCACUCUCGAACCUUUGGGGUGGUUUCAACAAAGUCAGAUGUUUAUAGUUAUGGAAUGAUGCUGCUGGAGAUGGUUGGAGGUAGGAGAAACGUAAAAUCAAUUGUUGCAAAAUCCAGUGAAAAGUAUUUUCCAGAUUGGAUUUAUGACCACUUUGCACAAGAUGAGGGAUUACAAGCAUGUGAUGUUACAAGAGAAAUUGAGGAGAUCGCGAGAAAGAUGAUCAUAAUAGGCUUGUGGUGUAUAUAA